UUCUUGCCCUGUUCACUGAUACUGUCUGCAGUGCGGAUCACACACACAACAUCCUCGCCAGCCUUGCUGUGAACUUCCACCAUGCUGCUCCGGCUCAUUCUGCUAUUCUACACGCUCCAAGUUGCAGAUGCAGGACUGUUCCAAUACCCGCCCUUAGUCAGAGCCGAGGUCGGGAGCAGCAUAAACUUGACCUGCGAUAUCGAGGACAUGAUUGGAAAGUGUUUCACUGUCAUCUGGUUCAAACUGCGGUCCAAGAGCAUCCCGACCCUGGAAACGUAUCAAAGUAUUAAACCCGGUGGCAGCUUUGCAGGCGACGAAAUCGAGAAAACCUGUUCCCUGAACCUAAAUAACGCGCAGGUGAACGAUUCCGGGACUUACUAUUGCGGUUUGAUUAGCAGCUCAGCUAUAUACUUGGGCAAUGGAUCCACGUUAGUAGUACGAAAACGCUCCGAUGACCGCGCUUGUAUUGAAAUCCUCACCCCUUCAGAGUCAGACGGAGAAGUCAAGUCCAGCGGCGCCGCUACUUUAGUGUGUCUGGUGUUCGGGGUAUCCGAGCCGGCUCGUGUCUACUGGCUCAUCAAAGGAGAUGUCAAACACGUACUGACUGACUCCGGGUCCGGAGAUUCCACUGAGUACACUCCGGAAUUUAUCAAGAAUCAGAUCACCAUUCCGGAGGAGAUCUGGAGCAGCGGGGCCGUGUGCACGUGUGUAGUGGAAACAGAGAGCGGGCGCAAUAUGAGCAAAAGCGUGAGCAAGACCGGGAGCGGUGCGUGUCCACUCUUCCUUUAUGGGUCGCUGGCGGGAGCUUCAUUUCUUCUAAUUACUUUGUUAGUUACACUGGUAAUAUGCUAUCGAAGACAGAAUAAACCAGAUACGUAUUUGGCAAAUGAACGGUUCCAUGAAUAUUGA